CUCCGGAUUAGAGAGACGCGUGGAAUCCGCCCCCUUCGCCGCCGCGACAAUAAACCUCAAUAAAGCUCAAUAAACCUCAUGGAGCGCGUGCCUUUGAGCCGACUGUCCACUUUGUCUCCGAAUGCUCCGCACCCUGGUCCCGUCCUCCUCCUCCUAACUGUGACACACGCGCGGCAGGUCGAGCGCGGCGAGGCGCCCCGGCGUCAUCAUGGAGCUAAGCGACAUUUCUUGCGUGGGUGACAGCUUCGCGGGCCAACAACACGCCCUGUAAGUGUAACACUUAGUUAGUGUUCCCUUCGUCUAACUUCACUCCUCGCUCUUCUUUCGCGAUUCCUUCGGCUUCGCCCCCUUCUUUUCACACAUGGAUCAUCGAUGAUUUGCACCGAUUCCAACGUGUUUGUCGUAAGUAGUGCUGCGGAUGUCUGGAUCAUGCGCUGUUUCCUUUAUUUUGUCCACCCGCCGAGGCUCCUGAAGGCGGCUGCUCCGGGCGGCUCUGGCUCCCCACGCGGCUCCGCCUCCAACUCCAAGUUGCGGUGCUGCCCGAGCCCCCCGCUGCCGGGUCUGGACCCCAGCACCCCCUUCAGCCCGGGAUGCACGUCGGACAGCAGCGGCUACAGCGCCUUCUCCCGCCGACACUCCGUGGACCCGGACUCCCCCGGAUCCAGCAGCAGCGGCGGCGGCGGCGGAGGCGGUGGCGGCGGGUGCGGCGCCGCGCCUGACUACGGGAGCGCGCUCAGCUCGGGACCCAAACGGCUGUGUCUGGUGUGCGGGGACAUGGCGUCCGGGUACCACUACGGGGUGGCAUCCUGCGAGGCGUGCAAAGCCUUCUUCAAGAGGACCAUACAGGGCAACAUCGAGUACAGCUGUCCUGUGACCAACGAGUGUGAAAUCACCAAGCGCCGGAGGAAGUCCUGCCAGGCGUGUCGUUUUCAGAAGUGCCUGCGUGCUGGCAUGAUGAAGGAAGGAGUACGCAUGGACCGGGUGAGGGGAGGCCGUCAGAAGUACAAGCGGAGGGUAGACUCCGGCUUGUCCCUGUACAUCAGAGUCCCGUACCCGCCCCAAGUCAAGAGCACAAGAAACAAAGUAAUCACUCAACUACUUGUGAUGGAGCCUGCUCCGCUGAGUGCCAUGCCUGACGCCUCCAUCAUUGACAGCGACCUCAGAAACCUCAUGACCCUGUGUGACCUCUUGAACAGGGAGUUGCUGGUCAUGAUUGGCUGGGCUAAACACAUUCCAGGUUUCUCAGCCCUGUCCUUAGUGGACCAAAUGGCCCUACUGCAGAGUGGGUGGAUGGAGACCCUAGUGCUGUCAGUAGUGUCCCGUUCCCUUGGCUGCAGCGAGGAGCUUUUGUUUUCGGGGAACUUACGCCUGGACAAGGCUCAGUGCCGGACUGCAGGUCUCCUGGACCUGUACUUGGCAAUGCAACACCUGCUAUCUAAGUACCAGCAAAUGAAUCUCAGCCAGGAGGAGGUGGUCACUCUCAAGGCUAUGGCACUCGCCAACUCAGAUGCCAGCAGCUUGGAGAACGCCGAGGCGGUGCAGCAGUUUCAGGACGGGCUGCAUGAGGCCCUGCAGGAGUACGAGAGCAGCCAGCAUCCCAACGAGCCCCACCGGGUGGGCAAGCUGCUCAUGAGUUUGCCCUUGCUGCGGCAGACAGCCAACCACGCUGUGGACACCUUCUGCCGGUUGCACCUCGAGGGACGUGUCCCCAUGCACAAACUCUUUCUGGAGAUGCUCGAUGCCAAGAUGUGAUCAAGUCACACGACUUUCUUCAGGUUAACACUCAACAGGGGUCAACGCUCUACUUUGUAGAUACUCUGUAUUUCCUGAGACAUGGCACAUAGCGAAUAAACAUUUCUAAUGUGCAGCAUAAAACAAGAUUUUCUCACCACCGUACACUAAAUAUCAGCUGUAGAGAAGAAAAUUGUUAUCAAAGUUGCAGUUACGGGAAGAUCUUCAGGAAAAUCCGCGUUAAUUUAAAAAUACAUUUCGUCGGCAAUAACACACCACCUAGACUGUUUUAGUUUUAGAAUGUCAGCCGCUGCAAAGAAAUUAUGGCUAUGCAUCUGCUGUUAAGUCCUUUUCUCACUUGUGACGAGUUUUCAUCGCUGACUCUAGGAUUCUGUACAAGCUAAGCACGGAUCAGAUGGGACUGCUCGUGAAAGGACGUAACAUUUGGAAACGGUGCUCAGAUUUUCUCUUUUGCCUUAUUGAAG